UCAGGAUUCCAAGUAGUGCUUUCCCAUAGACACACGUACUCAAAUCGUGUGCAAGUAGACGGAUAAGUACCAAAAUGCAAGCUUCUGCAAUCUGAGCACAAUGAUCGUGUUGGUUGACCUCCUGGUGAUGCUGCUGGAUGUGACGUACCACAUCCUGCGCUCCACGCUGCACGCCGUGAUGCCCCCCCGGCUCAAGUACAUCGAGGGGGAGCUGGUGCUCAUCACCGGCUCCGGUGGGGUAUUGGGGCGCCUCUUUGCCCUGGAGUUCGCUAAGUGCGGCGCAGAGCUGGUGCUGUGGGACUGCAAUUCGGCCACCAACGAGCAGACAGCCAAGCUGGUGAGGGAGAUGGGGGUCAAGGCCCACGCGUACACCGUCGACCUAACCAACCGCGACGCCAUCUACCAGACGGCCGACCGCGUGCGGAGCGAGGUGGGCCGCGACGUCACCGUGCUGGUCAACAACGCCGGCGUGGUGGCGGGGCGCCGGCUGCUGGAGUGCCCCGACACCCUGCUGGAGAGGACCCUGCUCAUCAACUGCCACGCCCUUUUCUGGAUGACGAAGGCCUUCCUGCCCCAGAUGAAGGCUAAGAAUCACGGACACUUUGUGACCGUUGCCAGCACCCUGGGCCUCUUCAGUACUGCCUGUGUGGAGGACUACUGUGCCAGCAAGUUCGCAGCAGUGGGUUUCCAUGAGUCGCUGAGUCACGAGUUGCGGACAGAAGAUGAGCUUGAAGGAGUGAAGACAACGCUGGUCUGCCCUUACCUGGUGGACACUGGCAUGUUUGCCGGGUGUAAGAUUCGGAACGAGUUGGAGAACUUCCUCCCAGCUCUAGAGCCCAAUUACUGUAUCCAGCAGGCCAUGAACGCCAUCUUGACAGACCAGCCCCUGGUGUGCAUUCCACGCAUGAUGUACCUGCCCUUCUUGUCACGAGCGCUGUUGCCAUGGGAUGCCAACGUGGCGGCCUACCGUUUCAUGGGAGCUGAUAGGUGCAUGUAUUCCUUCAUCAAAACCAUGGAAAAGCGUGUGGCCAUUGGCCAAGCUAAUGCAGCCUAAAUCGCUGUGCCAGCCUGCUUCGAUUUAAAAUAUAACUUAAGAAACUUGAAAAUCUUGCCAAAUGGGCCUUUCUGACAUGAUCAAGGAUUUGUACAGGGAGACCGUGAUUGGAGCACCAUUUGGUCAUGCUGGCUAAUUGGCCCUCAUGCCAGCAGACUAUGAUGUACAACUGAAAUAUGUGUCUAGUUAAUGAAAAUAACAGUGAACAGAUCACAAGAUUUCAUCAUUCUUGAUGUACUCUAAACCAAACAAAUAAAUGUAAUUGAAAAUGA